UGUGCUAUAAGUGGAAGUCAUUCAAACGUUGACCUUAUAAUUUAUUUCUUACUAGCGUGUGAUAAUAUUUAUCUUUUAAAAUAUCUUAAAUUUAAGAUAUAUUUUAAGUGAUUGUUGCGUGGUAAAACGUAAUCAUAAGAGUGUGAUUUUGGGUUUUUGCAAUUCGUUUGAUAUACGUCACAGCGCCAUGUUGUAUUCCUGCGCUGAUUGCAGGCACGAGAAAUCUGCCAACCCGUUUAUUUUUCGGGAUUAGUUCCCGAUAAUAAAUCGAACCGCGAUUUUGUACUCAAAUAUAUUUUAAUUUAUAUUUGUUGGCAAAUGUAAACCAACAUUAGUGAAUUCGAUGAAUCCUUGUUGCCUCCUUUCGAGCGCUAACUCCUAGUUUCAACUGCAGUUUUGUGCAUCCGCGAAAGUUGAAAGGACUGUGUUGUAAAAGAAGUGAUAUUAAUUAGCCAAAAUUCCGGUCCCUACGCGCAGACGAGAAGGUGCCUACCCGCCGGGGCAGUCGGGCGAAGGAGAUAUGAACAACAAACGCAAAAAUCGCCAAGGGCCGCCGAGGUCGCCGCGAGGUCGCGUGGUGGCCGAGGGCGUGUAUAACAACGCCCACUUCAUGCACGCAGCCACCUCCCACGUCGGCGACAUCGUGCAGGUCCUCACACAGUCGGGCAGCCUCUGGGAGGGCGUGUUCAAGACUUUCAGUGCGCAGUUUGAGGUUGUAUUAGAAGUGGCUCACCGCGUCGAUCAAGAGGGCGUGGUAGCGGUCGACUCAGUGGUCGAGAAGCUGAUCUUCAAGCCCCAGGAUGUGGUGUCCAUUCGGGCCAAGGACUCGGACCUGGAGUACGCCACCACAGACGUGUUCCAGACUGAUGGGGCCAUCUCUAGCAAGUUUAAUGGCAACGGGCGCUCCGAGGAGCGGCAGCUGGAGCCCUGGGACUGCGACGGCGACGCCGGGGACUCGCCCUCCGUCAACGGCACGGCGAGGCUGGGCGAGCUCGAGCUCGACCACCGGGCCAACGGCUGGGACGCCAAUGACAUGUUUAGAAAAAACGAGGAGGUGUACGGGGUACAUAGUACGUACGACCACUCGCUGGCCGGCUACACGCUGCCGCUACAGAGAAAAGACACACAAGACUACAGAGACGCAGAAGCCAAAGCGGAAGAGAUAGCCGCUGAAAUAGAAAGCGCAGCUACAUACAAAGCUCGUAUAGAAUUAGAAAACGGAGACGAAGAGGAGAGAUACGCGGCCGUAGUGCGGCCAGCGGCCGCGGACGGCGGCAAAUACGUUAUACCUAAUAAGAGGAAGGGAGUUCAGCAGGCGGGCAAGCUAACAGGCAAGCCGUCGGCGGCGACCAACAACGGCGGCGGGGCGGCCGUGAAGCCGGGCGGGGGUGGAGGCGCGGGCGGGGGCGGGGGGUACCCCGCGGCGCCGGCGCCGCAGCCCAAGGACAAGGACGCCGCGCGCCCGCCCCGGCACCACCUCACCCCCGAGGAGCGCCGCCCCGCGGACGACCCGCCUGCAGCCGUGGUAGGGCCAACGACGGGCGGCAAGAGCUACGCCGCGCAAGCCGGCGGCUACCACGCGCCGCCGCCCUUUCCGCCACACCAACACCAGGCCGUACCUGGUGGCGGCGGCUCAGGCGCAGCGCCGGCCGCCAAGCUCAACGGCGAGCCGCGCGCGCCGCACCAGCCGCACGUCGCGCAUGCGCCGCACGCUCCACACCCAAGAGCGACCUUCCCACCGCACCACCACCACAACCCCGUACCACCGGCCGAGGGGCCACGGCCACGCCACGUGCCCGAACCACGACGGCAGGACGAGGUGCAGGAGUUGCGCAAGUUCGGCGCGGAGUUCAAACUGGUGACGUCACCCGCGCCGCCCGCCGCGCUGCCGCCGCCCGUGCCGCAACCGAGUGUCCCGCCGCCGGCGCCGACCACGCCGGAGGUGUCCGCCAACGCCGGCGCCGUGUCGGAGCCGCACGCCAAGCGGCCCAGCCUGCCCAAGCACGAACCACUCCCACACCACAAGCCCCCGGUAGCCCCGGCGGAGCCGCCCCCCUCCCCCGGCGCGCCCCCCCCGGGCUCGCCGGCCGACGCGGGCUGCGCGGCCGCCGCCGCCAUAGACCGCGUGGCCGUCAGCGCGGCGACGCUGAAGAAGUCCACGCUGAACCCCAACGCGAAGGAGUUCAACCCCGCCGCGAAGAGCUUCGCUUCGAGAAGCCCUACUACGCCCAACCCCAGCAGGCCGCACACGCCGGGCACGCCGGUGGGCUCGCUGGGCGUGGGCGUGGGCGGCGUGGGCGUGGUGGGCGCCGGCGUGUCCUACGUGCCCGCGCCGCACCCCCCUCCGCACAUGGUUGCGGCUGUGCCGGCCUACGCGAUGGUGGCGGCGGCCGCGGCGGCGGCGCAGCAACCGCCGGCCUACCUGCAGCACCCGCACCCGUUGGCGUACGGAGCGAUGGGGGGCGGGGCGGCGGUGGCAGGCGGCGCGGGGCAACACGGCCCCCUGCCCGCGCAGCAGCAGAGGAACUUCCGGAAAGUUGGUGUGGGCAGCGGCGUGGGCGUGGCGGCGGCGACCGGGCAGCCGCUGCUGACGCCGGCGCCCAUGCAGCCGUUCGUGCCGGCCGUGUACCCGCCCCCGCACCACCAGCAGCAACCCGCGCUCCAUUAUCAACAUAUGCCGAACUUCCAAGUGCGCAUGUACCACGGCGGCGGCGUGUCGUCCAUGCCCACCAUGGGGUCCAUGGGGUCGAUGGGGUCCAUGAGCAUGCCGGAGUACGCGCCGCCCGCGCCGUCCCCCGCCGCCGCGUCGCCCGCGCUGUACCCGCCGCCCUCCCCCGCGCACACGCCGCACUCGCACCAGCACCAGCACUCGCACCAGCACACACACACGCACCCCAUGCAGCCGCAUCCGCAUCCCCAUCCGCAUCCACAUCCGCAUCCGCACCAUCACUACCAGCAGCCGCCUUUCCAGGUGCUGUGCCCACUGAUGGGCCCCGGGGGCGGGCAGCACCACCACCACCACCACGUGGCCUAUCUCAACCACGCGCCGCCCACCGCCUCGCCGCCGCAGCCACACCCGCACCAGCUGCAGCUGCUGCCGGGCGGAGGCGGCGUGGGCGUGGGCGGGGUGGGCGGCGCCAGCACGCCGGGCCUGCACGCGCACCCGUGAGCCCGCCGGGGCCCCCGCGCCGCCACGCCCACCACCGCCGCCCCACACACGCGCCCGCC